AUGACGAUUCCGACGGCCGACAUGAAAUUCAGGCGGACCCCGAAAUCCCCGCUGCUGCCAAAAAAGCGCAGCGGCGACAGUGAGGCCGGCUUCGACGGCGCGUCGUUCUCCGGCGCCGUCUUCAACCUCUCCACCACAAUCGUCGGCGCCGGAAUCAUGGCCCUGCCGGCCGCCGUCAAGCAAUUGGGGUUGAUUCCAGGCCUCAUUAUGAUCGUAUUGGGCGCCGUGCUGACGGAAUCGUCCAUCGACAUGAUACUCCGGUUCACACGCGCCUCGAAGACAUCCUCGUACUCCGGUCUGGUCGGGGACUCGUUCGGUGGGCCCAGCCGGAACCUCCUCCAGGUCUGCGUCGUCGUUAACAACCUCGGCAUGCUCGUUGUCUACAUGAUCAUCAUGGGUGAUGUGCUUUCCGGUACGUGGACGGAUGGGGUCCACCACUCGGGUGUGAUGGAGGAGUGGUUUGGUCAGCGUUGGUGGACCGCGCGAUUCUCUCUGCUACUUGCUACCACGCUCUUUGUGCUUGCUCCUCUUAUCUCUUUCAAGCGCGUGGAUUCAUUGAGAUACACAUCGGCAUUGUCAGUUGGUUUGGCGGUUGUGUUUGUGGCGAUCAUUGCCGGAGUGGCGACAGUGAAGUUAAUAGAAGGAGGGGUUGGAUUUCCACGGUUGAUGCCGAAACUUGAGGACCAAGCAUCGUUUUGGAAGCUUUUCACUACCAUUCCCAUUCUUGUUACUGCCUAUAUCUGCCACCAUAACAUUCAUCCAAUUGAGAAUGAGCUAGUAGACCCUAAUCAGAUGAAGUCAAUAGUACGAACGUCACUUACAUUUUGCUCUUCCGUGUAUGUUGCGACCAGCUUCUUUGGUUUUCUUCUCUUUGGGGAUCAAACGUUGGAUGAUGUACUGGCAAAUUUUGAUGGUGAUCUCGGAAUUCCAUAUAGCUCAUUUCUUGAUGAUAUUGUUAGGGUGAGCUAUGGCCUCCACCUGAUGCUUGUUUUCCCAAUUGUAUUUUUCUCUCUUCGCCUCAAUUUGGACGGGCUUCUCUUUCCCUAUGCCAUUCCUAUUGCCUUUGACAAUCGAAGAUUCUACUUGAUAACAGCAGCAUUGAUGGGUUUUAUCUUUUUGGGAGCCAAUUUUAUUCCAAGUAUCUGGGAUGCCUUCCAGUUCACAGGUGCUACUGCUGCGAUCUCCGUUGGUUACAUAUUUCCAGCUGCCGUUGCCCUCAGGGACACUCAUGGAAUUGCAACAAAGAAGGACAGACUAGUAUCAUUGGUGAUGAUCCUUUUAGCAGUCUCUUCUAGCACAGUGGCCAUCUCUAGUGACAUUUACAGCUAUUUCUGUAGUAACAAAGGAGCGGCACAAAGCUGA